AUGGUUAAAUACGGGCUGGAUUAUACCCGCUGCAGAUGGAUUUUGCCUCUUCUUCUGGGAUUGGCAGUGAUCUUUGGCAUCAUUUCACUGGCUGGUUGGGGCUGGAUCAGCUCACAGAGCCUGCCAUUUGUACAACAAGGCUCCUUAUGGAAAAUAUGUUAUUUAGAGAAUGAAUGGCAAUGCAGGUCACUAAUGGAUUAUGCUUGGGGCAAAGGUGCAGCAGGCACUUUCUUGGUUGGAUUUGUCAUCGUAGUCAUCUGUUUUGCCUUGUCCAUCAUUGCUUUUGCUAUUGACACCCUUCGCAUGAACUUCAUAAGAGGAAUAGGAGGCCUGUGUUUUGUGGCUGCUGCCUUCGCAAUAAUGGGCCUUGUCAUCUACCCUGUGAUGAUCUCAAAAUACGUCAUCUUCCCACUAGGUUCUGUAAAUGAGUUCAACUGGGCCUAUGGUUUUGGGUGGACCAUGGCUCUUAUGGCAAUAGGGCUUGGGUUCUUCUUUUGCUGCCUUCCCCUCUAUGAAGACCAUAUUUUGGGAAAUGUCAAGCCUUAUUAUUAUCCAUAAGCAGCUCAGAAGUGGGGCAGUCAGUCUACUCUCCUGAAAUGGAUGGGGCCAUCCCCCUGGCCCAGUCCAUCAGCUGCCCCGAUUAUUAUCUGUACAUAUGACUUUUUGGAAUGGCUGCAGGUGCAUCUUACUGAUUUCCCAAAUGGUUGAAUUUCAAAGAUACACACAGGCUGAAACAUGGCUCUGCACCCCACCCCCACAUUCAGCAAUGAAUUAAGUAAAAAGCAGUAGGGAAUAGC